GAAAGAGACGGGGGCAGUUCCAGUUCCUCUCGUUCUGUCUGUGUAAGGUGGGAGACUUCAUCCACCAACCACCUCCGUCUCCACACUUCAUUUACUCCGCGGAUUUUAUACCAUCCGCGCAGCAACAGACAAACAAACAGAAUAGGUCUGGAAAUAAGAGGGCAAAAAACAUCCAAGGAUUGUGUUUAUUUAUUUUGGAACAGUAUUUUGUCCGCGGCAUUCUUUGUGUGUCUAUGUGUGUCUGUUAGUGUGUGGGAGCUGUGGAUUUUUCUGUGACAAUGAAUCCGUUUACAUCUGCAAAUCCUUGAGAUGGAUUGAAACAGGUUUCUUCAUCGAAGAUUACAAGUCAAAAGCCUUUUUUUUUAUUUUGAGGGAAGAAGAGAACAUUUUGGAUUUCACCCCCACCCCCCGCUCCCAGCAGCGGAUUGGGAAACUAUUAUUUCGGUCGCAUCGAGCUUAUGAGAUUCUGACUGACCGGAUCCUGCUUUAUCUCGUUUUCGGAUUUUCUCUGUUUGGGUUUGUAAGAUACAUACACACUGUUCAUCGCUCGUGUGAAGAUGGUGUGGAUUUCAUUCAGCCUGCCUUUCCUGGGGUACCUCGUCUCCAUCGUUCACGGGGACCAGAGACCCCGGAGUUGCUCCGACAUGAGGUAUCUCUACAGUUCCAAGGGAUUCGCAGUGACCGGGGUGCCUUCAAAUGAAAUCUCCGGAGAGCACCUGCGGAUCUGCCCACAGGGUUAUACCUGCUGCACCAGCGAGAUGGAGGAAAACCUGGCCAAGAGGAGUCGCAGUGAAUUCGAGGGGCUGGUGCGGAAUGCCAGUCGGAUAGUGCAGGCAAUGCUCAAGGGACAGCAUGACAGCUUUGACAAUUAUUUCCAAGAACUGCUGGACCAAUCGGAAAAGAACCUUCACAGGAAGUUCACACACAUGUAUGGACUGCAUUAUUUUGAGAAUAGCAAGAUCUUCAAGGAUCUGUUCAAUGACCUGCGCCGCUACUACAAGGGAGCCAACAUGAACCUGGAGGAAGUACUGAAUGAAUUCUGGUCAAGGUUGAUGGAGCGCCAGUUCAAGCACCAGAACCCACACUACCAAAUCAGCGAAGACUACUUGGAGUGUAUGGUGAAGCACGCGGAGCCACUGAGGCCCUUCGGUGAGGUGCCUCGCUUCUUCAAGAUACGGCUAACCCGCGUCUUCAUUGCUGCCCGUUCCUUUGUUCGAGGACUCAGCGUCGGCACAGACGUGGUGCGGAAGGUCUCUCAGGUACCUCCAAGCCCUGAGUGUGUGCGAGCCAUGAUGAGGCUGAUGUACUGUCCCCACUGCCGGAGCAUGCCAAAUGUGAAACCCUGCAACAAUUACUGUCUCAACAUCCUGAAGGGCUGCCUGGCCAAUCAGGCUGAUCUGGACAGUGAAUGGAGGAACCUCAUUGAUUCUAUGCUUCAGGUGGCUGAUAAGUUUAAUGGCCCAUCAAACAUGGAGUCGUUGGUUGAUACAAUUUAUUUGAAGAUCUCUGAAGCAAUACAAACCAUGCAAGAUAACAGAGCUCAUAUUUCUUCAAAGGUUCUUCAGGGGUGUGGUAACCUCAAAUCUGUGGCCAGACGUUCAGUGGAAGAUGAUGGAAGAAAACGUGGGAAGCCGUAUGGAACUGAGGAGAAGCCGGUUGGAUCAGUCAGUCUGCCAAUGGAUAGACUGGUUACUGAAGUAAAGAUGAAGCUGCGGGACAUCAGAGAGUUGUGGGUCACCUUGCCGAGCAUCCUGUGCAGCGAGAAGGUGACUGCAGGCUUGACCAAUGAGGACAGGUGCUGGAAUGGACAGAGCAGAGGGAGGUACCUCCCAGAGGUCAUGGCAGAUGGACUGGCCAAUCAGAUUAAUAACCCAGAGGUGGAGGUUGACAUCACGAAACCAGACAUGACUAUUCGCCAGCAGAUCAUGCAGUUGCGGAUAAUGACCAAUCGUCUGCGGAAUGCCUACAAUGGCAACGAUGUGGACUUCCAGGAUACCAGUGACGACAGCAGCGGAUCUGGAAGUGGCGAUGGCUGUUCAGAAAAUAGUUGUGGUCGGAGAAGGUCCUUCAACAUGGCGACGAGGUCCCCCGUUGUCUAUGCCAUCCCGAAACAGAGCGGGAAAACCAAAGGCAGUAACGGGAGCGAGGCACUGCGACACUCGGCCGGCUUCCUCUACGUGUUAUCUUUGGUCAUCACCCUGCAGUAUUUCUGUCGGUAGAAUCGUUCCUGGGGGCAUAAGAGAGGGUGAGAGAGAGAGAAAGAGAGAGAGACUGAGGCAAAAUCUUUGCCAAUAACGGACAAGAGUUUUGUUUAACUUUGCAACAUAAAUAAUAAUCUUUUGGCUAUUUGUAAGUACUGGCAGUGCUGGAGGUGAAUAAACCUUUGAAACUUUGAACGCCUUGGGGAGGGGAGUUUCCUCUGAGCAGUUUGAAGAGGUUCCAGUACUCUUCAAGCCUGACUUUUCUCUAGCUUUGCAGCAUACAGUUGCUUUGAUCACCUGUCAACACAAUGCAACACACACAUGGGCUCCCACUGGGAAGCCGUGUUUUCCAAGUAUCGAGAGACAAGGUGAAAAUAUCCUAAUUAUGACACUGAACUUCUUUACUUGAAGAUAAACAUCCCAACAAAGUAUAUCUGAUACAUUGACUGUAUGAGCAUUCACAGGGGUGUCAUGUCGGGUUAGAACCCUAUAAUUACAAGUAAAUUGCAUCAGUCUAGAUCACCAGGAGCACUUUUCCUGGUAUUUUUCCCCCCAACAACACGGCCAUUCAUUUCUUUUUAGUAAUAGUAUAUGGAGCAACGGUAUAAAUGUUUGUGAGCUGUGAAAGAAAAAUGGUUGUUGAUAAUUCCCAAAGGGUCAGGAAUGACUGACACUACUUGUGUAGUUUUUAACACUGUCAAGUUGGUAGAGAAUGCAUUGUUAAGUGUGGGAUCGUUACUGGCUGGGCAUUGGGGAGGUUCUGUUCACUGGGAGUUAAACAGAUCAGUCAUCUACAGGAACCUGCGCAUGCAAAUGACUUGCGAUGGGCUUUCUUAUAAUGGAAAGGGUUAACAGUAUGAUAGAAUAGGAAGAGAAGGCGUUUUUUUUAAAAGAAAAAAAGUAAUAGAAGCACACACACACAACAGGCCCAAGUGCAAAAUGACAUAAUGGCAGCUAUUUAAAAUUUAGAAUCUUCCCAGGAAACUAUAUAAGAAGUUCCUGUGCUUUCUGGUUUUCAGAAGGGAUGAGGCCAAUAAGUGGGUGUGAGCUUGGUGGGGAGGGGGAAGGGUGGCACAACAGAAUGGUUCUUAGAAUUGGUCCUGCCUUUGUACAUUGUUCACUAUGUGGUAGAAGUGUUUGUAGCGUUGUUGUGUUUUAAAGUAUGGCUGUCACUUUGAGCCUAAAAGGCAGUGGCUAGGGGAAAAAAAGUCUUGUAAUCUGAGCUGGGAUGGUGGGAAAUGUUGGGCAGGAGAGAGUUGCCACUAUUGCAAAGAAUAAAUAAAGGAAAACAAAUUGAACUGAAUAUAAUCAGAAUAUCUUAUUGAAUUGUUGGGUAGCUACAAAAGGAUGGUGUCUGUGGCCCAGAUGAAACCAUGCAGCUUUCUAUUCAUCCCAAGAAUUCACUUACUCCUUAACAUUGUUUAUAGGUUGUGCUGCUUUUCAGGGGAGAAAAAUGAAGUGCAAAUGACACACUGAAAAACAAAGUACAAGGUUACACAAUAAAUGCAUGUUAUCUUCCAACUUAUUUAUAUACAUCCUAAGAAUUUUGUUUUAGGUUGUCAGAUUCCUGCUUUAAACACUCACUUCCUUAAAAAUGUUCCAAGUUUUGCAGUUGCCUGUUAUUAUUUGAGACAGGUAGGUGUUUCCCAUGAAGGUGAUUUAAUGUGCCAAGAGCGAGCCUAGUUACAGCCUCAGCUCUGUGUACAGUUUGCCCUGAUCACAACCAAUAGGUAACUGCAUAUCAACGCCCAUUAAACAAACCCUGGUUUUGAGAAAAUAAUGUUUGGCUGAGUUGUAAAUGUCACAAGAUUAUUUUCCACAAUUAUUCUUUAUGGCACAUCGACACAGCAGAAAGCACCAGGAGGAACCUCAAAGGUGUAAAAGGGUAAAAUGAAAUCAGGUAUGUUUGCAGCUUAAAAUAGAGUCUGUCUGUCAGGAUUCUGACAGGUUUAUAAAGAUUCCUGUUUCCAAACUCUGCAGAAACCAUGCAGCUCUGUUCACUCCAUUUAAUUUAUCAAGAGCUUGUUUGCUGGUUUAUCUCCUUCACUAUAACCUUGCAGUUGAGGAUUUAAAUCCCCAUCCCUUUUAGACUGUUACAACCUGGUUCCUGUUUUUAUAUCAGUUCCUAUUUUACUUACGUACUGCCAUUAUUCUAGCUGGUGAUUGUGACUCUUUCAAAAGUAUAUAUUUUAAUAAAUUUUUGCACUGUCUUAACUUUCAGUUAUGAAAUAAAAUGUGAUUAGAAGUCAAA